AUUGUCAGGAGCAAAUAGCAGGAAGCCUGUUCAGAGAGGGAAGCUCAUGGAUCUCACAACCACAGUCAUCAUCCCACUGCUUUUUGGCAGUCUGGGCAUCUUCACCCUCUUCCGGCUCCUGCAGUGGAUGCGGAUGCGAGCUUACCUCCGGGAAGCGGUGGUGGUGAUCACCGGGGCCACCUCUGGCCUGGGCAAAGAAUGUGCAAAAGCUUUUCAUGCGGCUGGCUCCAAGGUGGUGCUUUGUGGCAGAAACAGCGAGAAGCUCCGAGAGCUGGUGCAGGAACUUUCUGCCAUGACCAACCACCGAAAGAACAUGCACAAACCUCACACUGUGGUCUUCGACCUCUCGGACACUAGAAUGGUCAUAAACGCUGCUGAAGAGAUCCUGAAGAACAUGGGUCAUGUGGACAUCCUGAUCAACAACGCAGGCAUCAGUUACCGGGGCACGGUGGUGGACACAGGCCUGGAUGUGGACAAGAAAUUGAUGGAAACAAAUUACUUUGGUCCUGUAGCCCUCACGAAAGCGCUUCUGCCCUCCAUGAUCAAGAGGAGACAAGGCCACAUUGUGGCCAUCAGCAGCAUUCAAGGCAAAAUAAGCAUCCCCUUCAGAUCAGCCUACGCUGCCUCUAAACACGCUACCCAGGCCUUCUUUGACUGCCUGCGAGCAGAGGUAGAGCAGUACGACAUCGACGUGACUGUGAUAAGCCCGGGAUACAUUCAGACAAACCUCUCUCUGAAUGCUUURAGAGGAGACGGAUCUCGCUAUGGAGUUCUGGACAAGGCGACCGCCGAAGGGCAGACAGCCGCAGAGGUGGCCCAGGUGGUUCUCGCUGCCGUGGGACACAAGAAGAAGGAGGUGCUCGUGGCCGGGCUGGCCCCCUGCUUGGCUGUCUACCUGCGAAACCUCUUCCCCAGGCUCUUCUUCACCCUAAUGGCAUCUAGAGCAAAAAAGGARAAAAAGGUCAAGGACUCCUAGAGCUCAGCCCGCUCGAGCGGUGACUGUAGGGAGAGGAAACCCCUGCAGCCGGGCCGGGACCUCAGUGGAAGUGCUGCUGCUGCUGGAAACAUUUCUCAAACACUGCAACUUAUUAUUGCAUGGGGAGUGGGAAGGAGCCUUUGCCACCUCAGGGCAGGCCCACGUGCCGGGAGGCAGCACCUGGACCUCACCUGAAGAUGGAUGUUUAGAAUGAAGAGCUCAGCUGCCAGGGAAGGUGACACAAGGGAAUGAACUUGGGCGCAGGGACACCCAUGUGGAGGCCAGCACCUUGCUUCCCCUCCCUCCAGCACCUCCUCUGCCUACGAGCCAGAGGCCCUUAGCUUGCCCCAGCCCACGGCCCCUGCGAGAUACAGUCCCCGUGGGGCUGGCUGCUCUUGUGACCGUCGUCUCCUUCCCCUCCUGCCUCCACUCUGAGCCAGGACACAGUGCUUGGAGUGGAGGCACAGAGCUCAUGAACAGGCCACAUCACCUGSGCUGUUAAGCUGAAGUUAAGUGCAGUGCCAUUUUGAAAAAAGUAACUGAUGGAGAAUGGAAGUUUGGUUUGGAAAUGGUUUUUCCUCUCUCUCUGAAUGUGCCUUACUGGAGCACAGGGCCGUUGGACUCUGUACUGCCUAACAGCACAGUAUUAAUGCCCGGCACAAAUUAAUGCUGGGGAUGCACUGAAAAAAUGAAAAUAAUAAUAGUUUUUAGAAAAACAGCAUAGCAAAGUGUGCUGUUGAGUGUUAAUCCUGCAGGCCUAGAGCAGCGGGGAGCUGAGGGGCUCGGGGAGGAGCGUCUGUGCACAAGGGAUGGGUGCUGUGCAAGACUGACCCUUGAUUCCAACCUCUCCUGAAGCAGCCGCAGGUGCUCAUUAGGAUCCACUCCUACCACUUCCAUAGGGAAAAGGUACCUGCUUGUUGAGGGCUCAGAGGCGCCAGCACUCAGGGUCAAGGGGGCACGUUCAAGCUGUCAUCAYUGUGCUCUGCAGGGCUUUGCCCCCUCCAAAACAAGAGGGGAGACUUGAAUCCUGUCCCCUGUGAUCCCCAGGCAGCUCAUGGUGUGAGGGCAGCUACUGCACUGGGAACAGCUCCGCAGUUACUGGGGCCUCUUCAAAGAGGACGGAAGUGGGUUUUUUGCGUGUGUAUUUUUUCUUUUAAUUCAAAUAAAACCUCCUACUAGAAACUUAAGGUCCAGAUCCCUGUUGCCACCUCCAUGCACUUACCAGCRUUCUCCAUACGUACUGCCCUGUGUCCUGCCU